UUCCGUUUGCCGUUACCGGCAUCCCAGAUGAAAUGAAGGGGAAGAAGGGAGAAAAAAAGCACCGGCGGCUGAAGAAGCGGCGGCACCCAGAUUCCGGCACCACCCUCUUCGCUAUAAUCUUGGCAGCUCUUUCCAGAAACGGUAAUUCCGAAGGUGAAGAUGCGGUUCUCAUUCUACGGUGCUUAAAGAGAUUGCAUCGCUCUCUUCCCCAAACCCUCUCCACACCUUUCCUCUCCUUGCUUCCUACCCUUCUCACUUCCAGAAGUGAUGAAAUCGCAUGUAAGAGCGCCGAGAUUGUUGGAGCAUUGUCAUUGAUGUCCUUUGAGAUGAAUGAAAAGAUUGCUGCUGAAGGGCAGAUCGUGAAGGGUUUGAUUACUUUGUUAACAAGUUCUAAUAGUAUAAGAUCAAUUGCCGCUUGUAAUUCUGUUCUUGAUCUUUCAACCACCUCCAUUGGACGAAAACAGCUUGUGGACCUGUUUGCUAUUGAGAACCUAAUUGUUCGUUGCUCUCAGGCUCCUAAAUCAUCUGCUUCUGUUGUGGCUCUGCUUGUAGAUGGAAAGGAGACCGAAACAUGUCCCGGGAUUGUAUUCGAGGAAGAUGAAUUAUCAACAUUGCUUGUACAUGCUGUCAUAAUUCUUGUUAACUCGUGCACGAUCGAACAGCUGCAGAAGAUCCCAACAAUGCUCUCUAGGCGUUUACUGUUACAUUUGAAAAAGUUGUGGGAAGAAGUUCAUAAACAGAUGCUUUAUGGUAAUUUUGCGAAAUGCACCGAGGAAGGAUUUUCUUACCCGAACAAUGUCCGGACAAACAAUCUGGCUGAGAGCGUUUUCAGGCUCUCCGUUGAUAUUAAUCCAUGCAGAGGACCUUCGGAUGCGAUUGAGGUUGGUAAAAGAAUUUUCGGUGGAGAAGGUACGAGUUUGGAGCAUUUUAUGUUGAGGAAUUGGGAAUCGUCACCUGGGUUAGUAAGAAGCUCUGAAAUGGCUUCGUCUAAGCUGGAAAACAUAUUCGGUUCUUUCAUAGAAUCGGGCAGAUUAAGGGAAUCCGUGUGUUCCUUUCUAUCUCCAAUGCUAAGAGGAUUUAUCUGUUGUCCACCUAUUUCUUCCGAAGAACACGACAUUCUUCAUUUCCUAAAAGAGGUAAGUAACGAUUUAGGCGGUCCUAUUGUUUACCAAGAGGAUAUUCGGGUUGUCAAAACAGAUAGUUCAGAGUUUGAGUUACACUAUUUCUCGGGAAACUCCGAGAACCGUCGUGUCCUCAGCAGUACUGAUAUUUUGAAGUGCGAGCAAGCAUACAAGGAGGGGUAUACUAUUGCUCUACGCGGGAUGGGAUUUCGGUUUGCAAGCAUUGCGUCGGUUGCAGAUGAUAUCGCGUCUAUAUUUGGUCAACCCUCGAUCGGAGUGAACUUGUACUUGACACCUCCGGGUUGUCAAGGGUUGGCUCGCCACAGUGAUGACCACUGUGUCUUUAUCUGCCAACUCCUCGGGGCCAAAAAGUGGAAUCUUUUCCCCUCGCCUAGUCAUCAAUUACCUCGAUUGUAUGAAUCUCUCGAGACGAGGCAUCAAUUGGAAUCCGAAAGGUGUACAGCAGAUGGGUGCAAAGAAAUUUUGCUGAAAGAAGGUGAAAUUUUAUAUAUUCCAAGAGGUUACCCUCACUCGGCUCAUACCAUUGGCGAUGGCAGCGGGCAUGAUGCGACAACUGGGUUGUCCUUACAUCUAACUCUUGCUAUUGAAGUUGAGCCCCCGUUCGAGUGGGAAGGUUUUACUCAUGUUGCCCUCGAUGAUUGGUAUAGAAGACAAAGGGCAACACAAUAUACAGUUGCGGAUUCAGAAUCACUACUUCUACAUAAUCUAUCCGCAAUACUGAUUCAUGUUGCGGUGAAACUUGUUGGCGAUAUGGAUCCAACAUUCCAGAAGGCUUGCUUGGUCGGUGCCAUUUCCUCAGCUAACGAAGAUUGGCUCUUAGUUAACCAGAACAGGAUUUUCAGCUCCCUGAUUGGUAGAAUCAACAGCGAGUCAACGUUUUCAGAUGUCCUGAAGUUUGUCGAAGCAGCCACUCAGGAACACGAAGAUCCCUUCGCUCGUUUCAAAUGGCUACGGCAUUUAUCCGAGGGAGAACACGAAUCAGACAGCACAGGUAUACAUUUGGCAGACGCCAAAGACAUCUUCCAUCGAGUUAUUAGUCAGCAUAGAGAUGCAGUAGAAGCGGUUUUUUACCAGGUAAAAUCGUGUUUCUGUAGUGGAGUAGAGUUUGAGGAUGCGCGAGAGGUCUAUAUCGCACUUCUUGGUAAGUACAGGAAGGCGCGGAACCAAUAUACUAACGGAAUGCUUUCCCUACAUUGCAUUGACAACUAAGAUGAUAGGUACAACAUUUUUGGUACACACACCUUGUCUUUUGUCAAUUGUCAUGUAUGUCAUUUUGCUAUUAUAUACAAAUGAAGAUGUGGAGGACAUAAGGGUCUGCUUCUAAGAGGGAGAGAAUGAUACAUUGGUAACUAGAUAGUUGAUAAUUGAUUGUUGACAAUUCAUACUUCAUUUUUUUUUAUUGGAUGAUGAGGAAACCAACAGUCACUACUUAAGGUUGUUUACUAGGUAAAUUAUGUUUUUAUGUAAUAGUUUGCAAAUCACAUAGGAAAGGUAAAUUGCACUAAGAAGAUCUUGUGG